AACGCCCUGGAGACCGGCCGCACGUUUGCCACGAUCUUCUCGGACAUGGACCUGCGGCAGUCGCUGCUGGCGGCGCCCACGGAAGAAGAGUUCAAGCGGCUCAUUAUCAAGCACUCCCAUGACCUCACAGCCGAGCAGCAGGCCGCUAAUGAGAAGCGUGUCAUCAUGAACCAUGACCCAGAGGCUGAAUAUGGACCUUCCGUACUUUCAACAUCUGUCGCCUACACCCUCAAACGGAAGAAAAAAUGCCGCUUCGCACUCGGUCUACGAGAAGACCUGCGGAGACGACUGCCGCACUACUGGGCCGACUACCGGGACGGGGUGGUGGGCGACAAGACCAUCCAGAAGGUGAUAAGCACCACACUCUUCCUCUACUUCGCCUCCAUCCUGCCCGCCAUCGCUUUCGGUGUCCUCAACGACCACAACACGCACGGCAAAAUUGACGUGAAGAGAGUCAUCAUCGGUCAGGUGAUCGGGGGUAUCUUCUGGGGCGUGUUCUCUGGCCAGCCACUACUCGUGCAGCUCACGACGGCUCCCCUCGCUAUCUACAUCAAAAUAAUCUACUACAUCUGCGCGGACUUUGACCUGGACUUCAACGCGAUGUACUGCGCCGUGGGCCUGUGGAACAGCUUCUUCCUCAUCCUGUACUCCCUCUUCGACGUGUCCAGACUCAUGCGCUGGUCCACCAGAUCCACCGAGGAAAUAUUCGCACUCUUCAUUUCUAUUGCAUUCUGCAACGAUGCCUUCAGUGACGUCAUCAAAAACUUCCGCGUGAACUACUACAGCGACUCGUGCAAACAAGAAGCGUUAGAGAGGAGAGCGUUGGAGGCCGCAGCGUCCGCUGAAGCGUUGGCAACCACCACCGCCUCCACGGCAUCUGAACUUUUUUCUAACGCCUCAACGCUGCUUUCUAACGCCACCACCUCCCUCUCCAGCACAGUCUUCGCUAGUCUAACGCCCAUUGUGGUGAAUGACGCCGUUGGUAACGGCAACUACAGCUACUAUAACGUCUUCGGUGGAAACGAAAGUUACGCGAACGUAAGCUUCCUGAACGACACGACACAACUGGUGGUAGCGACCGUGGCGGCGCAGUGCAAGCGUGAGAACUCCGUCCUGUAUCUGCUGCUCAUGUUCGGCACGCUCUGGCUCUCUCUCAUGCUCUACAACUUCAACAAGACGCCGUACCUGAAUGCGAACAAGAGAGAACUACUGGCAGACUACGCCCUGCCCGUGGCAGUCAUCGUGCUGUCCUUCAUCGGCUCCUUCGUCUUCAGGGACAUCAAGCUUGAGAGCAAGAUGGAGCAUUUUCGCUACGACGACUCGUACGGAGUGUUCGCACCACCGAAACUCUACCUGCUGAGCUUCACUGCGAUCCUGGCGACGUUUGGUCUCGGCUUCUGCUUGUCGAUGCUCUUCUUCAUGGACCAGAACAUCGGCUCUGCCAUGGUCAACAACCCCUGCAAUAAGCUGAAGAAGGGUCCGGCAUACCACCUGGACAUGCUCGUCGUGGGCAUAAUGAACGGCUUCCUGAGCCUCUUCGGCCUGCCAUGGAUGCACGCGUGUCUUCCGCACUCCCCGCUACACGUCAGGUCCUUGGCAGACGUGGAGGAGAGGGUCGACCAGGGACACGUCUACGAGAUCAUCGUGAAGGUGCGCGAGACCAGAGUGACGGGCUUGCUAUCGAAUAUCUUGAUCGGACUGUCGAUGUUCAUGUUGCCCUACCCGCUCGCCUACAUCCCGACGGCUGUGCUGGACGGCCUCUUCCUUUAUAUGGCGGUCACGGCCCUCAACGGCAACCAGAUGUUUGAGAGGAUAACCCUGCUCUUCAUGGAACAGGCGGCAUACCCCCCAAACCACUACAUCAGAAGAGUGCCGCAGCGCAACAUCCACAAGUUCACAGGCCUGCAAGUCAUACAGCUGCUCGUGAUGUGCUCAUUCGGGUUUGCCCCAUACGCCUACAUGAAGAUGAUGUUCCCCGUGCUUCUGCUGCUUCUACUGCCUGUCAGACACAAGAUUGUGCCGCGCUUCAUUGAAGCCAAAUACCUAGCUGCUCUAGACGGCCAACACCAAUAAGAAGAGAGAUCUGUUAUGACGUCAUCGUGUCUCAACCAAUCAUGCGUCACCAUACUUCGCGUAGUCACUGGAAUGAAACUAUUCUUAGAUGUACGGUGGUUUCUUGUGAUUGAAAAUCAAUAAAUAGUCUAUGAUGCUUGAAUAAAUUAGUGCCAACAAUUCAAUAAUUACAAUAUUGACUCACAUUUCUGAAGCAAUAAUGGAAGGGUAUAUGAUGCGUUGGCUGCCUCUAAGGCCCUCACGGGAAAAGCUUACAGCGGACUAGACUAGCCAGCGCAGCAAGAUGGCGAGCAACCUCAUGUUCAUGCUUUGGAAGAUAAGUCUUCAUUAAUCAUUCAUCCAAUCUGUCCACUAAAAAAUGCAAUAAAUUUAUAGAGUUCACUUCAAUUAGGACCACAAUUUUCUAAAAUUAAAACGAUUUUCAGUGAAAUUAGGGCAACACUCCUUUUAGUCAACUUCAUGAUAAAAAUCGAGAUGUAGGAAUCGAUGUUUCAUCAGCGCACAAUUUCCUCUGAUGCAUUUCCAGACGUACGAUAGCCUGCUACGUCUCAGUGAGUGUUCGUUUAAAAGUGAAAUGAUUACGAAAUGAUUACGUGGUACUUACCUUGUUGAAAUAGCUAUCGCUGCACCCUAGAUGGAAACAUGUGAUGGGGUCAGAAGAGCAAAGAAUUUGCCCUAUAUGUACAUAUAGGCUGUACUUUAUGCAGAUCUUAUGGGUAGAUACAGAGGCUAUUUAGGCUAGGGUAGCGAGCUUCAUAGGCUAUUUAACAGCAUUGCAUCGCUAUGUAGCAAUUGAUUCAUCUUCAUGAAUGGCUAUUGCGUCAAGCUUGAUUACUUCUUUGUCAAGAUUUUACUUUCAUGGCCUUUCUACUAUCGAAGCGCUCUCGUAACGUUAUUUCUUUUUUUGCAUCAAAUAAAUCAGCGCGUAUUACAUGAUGAUAUACAAGUCAACGUUUGUUAACCAGGUUUGCUUUUUGCUCGACGUUCCAUCUUCCCGGCCAAAAUUAGCUCAAUAUUGCUGAAGCUAUUAAAGUAUCAGAGUAGAAAUGUGAACAUGAGCUCCUAUUACUGCAUCCUUUCUUACUAACUAACUCGUUGGUAAAAAAAAUUAACUAUAACAAAUAUUUUUUUAUAAGAUAGUAACGAAAUUUCUACUUUUCUUUAUUUCGUUUCCACUCGUUUAGUUAACGUCACAAUUCUUGGCCUAAUAAUCAUAGUGAAGCCAGUUGUAGGCCACAUUUUUCGAGUCACAUUGAAUUCUGUUAAAUUUCCAACCCAGAUUAACCUGCAGUCGUUAGUAUCGAAAUGAAAGAAAAAUAUCCCAACUGGGGCUUAAUUCGGAUUCCAUUUGCGGCUCAGAACUCGCUUGUUGUUUGAUCAUCGCUAUCUAGUCUCGUCAUUGUAUUUUCUCUUAUCAAUGUAUAGUAAAUUUGAACCCCUUUCGUGGUAUUCGAUGUUCAUUCUGGCUUCUGAAGAGCAUUCAAAGCUCUGAAUGUUCUGGCUCACUUUCAAAAUAUAUGAACAGGAUUCAUUUAACAUAAUUCUGAAGUCUUAAUCGUUUUUCUAACUUCUUCAUUUGAUGUAGUCAACAUAAUUCAUUCUGCUAUUGAGAAUAUGCACUUUAGAUUUCGUUAUAAUCCUUUCUGAGCACACAAGUCUUGAACUCCCCUGCUUCAUAUUUUUAGGAGUCUUGUUUUUUUUUCAUUUGAUGCUUUGGUAGAACCUUGCUAUAAUGCAGCAGCAUUUGCUCAUUAAUUAAACGACGGUUAAUUAAAUUCAUUACUGCGAUUCGAAUUUUGAUCACUAGCUGGCGAAUGUAAAGCUGAUAAUUUCAAGCUUCCGUAGUCUAGUUUACGUGCCAAGUUAUCUAUAGACGCAAGCUGUCCGCUCAGGAGCUGAAGAUUUUACGUAACUUGGUCAUUUUCAGUGGCAGCUCAAUAGCAUAAAAAUACGAUAUUGCCUUUGCGUAAAAUCCAAAUAAAUUUGCUUUGCGAGAAUUCGAAAUGAAAAAAAUUACUUUGUUCGUUAAGGGCUUUCUGAUGAAUGCUACUGAAUUGGUUACGCUACUAAAAACGUCUUAUUAUUUUAGGUUUAUGACCGAAUUAUGUUGAAAAAAUUAAUUAAGUUACUUGCAGAUCCUAUAUGGGCAGAUGUUCUGUUCACCUCACCUGGACUCUCAGUGAAGACGGUGUUUGCUAAAUGUGUCCCCGCUUUCCAGUCAAUAAUAUUUUUAAUAAUAUUUUAAUUGUUAUUGAAGUUGUUAGAGAUUGCUUUUGACUUCUCAGGUGUUCUGAAGACUUAUUUUAAUUUCAAACAAGUCUCUUCAACUUAUGGUAUUUUCGACGCUUAUGAGAAAAUCAUCAUCAAAUGUAUUCAAUCUCCUUCCAUAUUAGCACAAGUACCCGAAGGGCAUCACAAUAGCCGAAAUUAAAUACAUUGCUUACAUCCUUCUUCAGUUCGUUACUUUCGGAGUAAUUAUUUCAACGGCAUCUUUCUUUUGUUAACUAUUUAACGAGUUCUUAAAUUUGAUGUAGAACAAUAUCGAACAACGUUGAAUAUGCUUUGCAUACACCUGUUGUUGAAUCUUUAAGGUUAAAAAUGAACGCUGUUCGUGAUGUUUAUGAAAGAAUGUACAUAAUCUAUAUAUACGUAAGUAUAUACAUUGUUUCGUAAACUGUUACUGCUGUGAGGAAGUAUUGUAAUUUGCCAUACCGUGUACGGCCUCUUUCUCCCUUUUGUACUUGGUCGGGCCCCUUUGUUAACGCAACUCCAACCAUUGUAUAAAUAGCAAAUAAUGAAGUUUAACACCCAACUAACCCAUUACAGUUAUUACUAUUUAAUAGUCUAUAUAUUGUUGACUCGAGAUAGUCUAUGUACUUAUAUAGGGUAUCGUCUUAUAGUUGUGAACUGUUCUUGAUAUGAAUAGUUUGUAUGCCCUGUUUCUUCUCCGGUAAGCAUUUGAUGUCCAUAUUGGUACAUUAUUUCUCUUUUUUUGCCGUGCAUAUUUGCAUUAACUCAUUUUAAUGCUUGAACAAACUGCAAGUUGUUGAGAUUUUCUGUAGAGUCCGGCAAUGUCGAAGUGUUUUCGUAGGACGUUCGCAACUGCUUUUAUAUUGUCACUUAAUUGUACGGCAAAUGCAUCAUGAGGAACGAAGUUCUGUCAUGUGGUUUUAUGCUAUUAAUUUUAGUGUGGGUGACAGUAAACUCUUUCAUGAAUUCACAUUUAAGGUAUGCAGCGUUUGAUAGCAGUCGCAUUUAUGAAGUACAGUUCGAUUGAAAUUAUAUUAUGUGCUCUCGUCGACCGCCGCUAUGAACAACACAAAACUGUAGGACAUUUAAUUAUCUGGCACAAUAUUUUCCAUCACAAUUACACUCUCAGUUUGAAAUCUCGGCUGAAGGUGUAUGAUAUAUGGUUUACUGUCAGAGUAUAACAAACGAUUUCGAGCGUUUUUCUGGAUUGUUUUUGUGUCCAAUAUUCUUUGGAAAACUUAAUCAUUUAGAAAUUGGUUCCUAAAGAGUUAGUUGAAAAUUUAAUCACGAAUAAAUUUUUCGGUAUAAAUUUAUCCGCCUCAUUUAGACUGAGAAUAUUAGAAGCACAUUUUAAUAUUCUUCUCGAGCACUUCAUUAGUGAGGAGCUUACUUGCUUAUUUCAAAAACUCAUCACCUGCUUCACCAAAUUUAUUACACAUUUCUAUCGACAGCUUUAUUUGUUAACGAACUUCCACUCUUCAAUCACCUAAAUGAAGUAAUUUCGGUAUAACACUGUCAACAUCGCCUAAACUUGUUAGAAUAAUGAUUAUCUUUUUAGCAUAUAGAGUUCUGGCAUCAUAAUUUAAAAAAAAAAGUUAAAAUUAUAAUUUCCACAAAACCAACCAAUUGCAAGUAAAAUCGGGUGAAAACACAGGUUUAAACAAACAUCAAUCAUCGUUGAGACGUUUCAUAUACUUCUUUUUUGAGCUAAAUUCCUCUUUGGGCAUAAUGAAUUUCCUACGUCAAUGAUUUGAAUUUCUCCUACGAAUCCGAUCUUCUCGGUGCGAAUAAUGAAAUAUUAGUGCGAUUAAUUGAAAUUAGAUUGUGUUUGUCCUUGCAAUCGCAAAAUAACUGCCGAUAGGUUCGCUAAUAAUACUGUAUAUGACCGAGGGAUUCUGCUUGUUGCUCACUCGUUUUGCUGCACGCUGCAUUGUAGGGUAAUGUCUUAGUUCACUUCUGUACAGAAAUCUUUUUUUUUUAAUUUGAAAAAACUCGACUAGUCUCUGGAUAAGAUGAUCCAGUUCCUAGCAUGCAGAGUUUUUCAUAGAAAGAGUUUACUUUUUAAUUCCUAGUAUUUAUCCAAUUAAGAGGUUACUUUUUAAUUCCUAGUAUUUAUUCAAUUAAGAGAUCACUCUUCAAUUUCUUAUAAUUAUCGAAUUAAGAGGUAACUCUUUAAUUCUUUAUAUUUAUCCAAUUAAGAACUUACUCUUUCAUUUAAUAUGCGUUUUUUGUUUCCACGUUCCGUGAAUUCUGAUUUCUUUCUUCGCAUGAAUUCAUCAAUUAAAUUGUUACUGAUCUUUUUCGGCUGCGACGUGAAUGAUGGUAUGAAUAUGUUUAUGAAGUAUACUUUUAUUAUCUUUAUACACAGACAAAAAAUAAUUUAGUACAACAGGAAUAUUUUUUGUAGAUUUUAUUUCUUCUAACUAUCAUGUCAUUAAUUUUAUUAAUAGGGGGAUGAGAUUGAUAUCUUUUAUAAUACACAUAAUCCGAUCGAUCAAAAAUAAUAUUGCGCUUCCGACAAAAAUGUUUUUUUUUUUUUUGAGAAAAUGAAGUAUUCGGUGUUUUCACUGCUCAUUUAGAUUUGCCAUAAAUUUUAAUUUGUAGGCAUAAUAUAUAUAAUAGUGCUUCUCUACAGCGAGCGUAUAUACAUUCUUAUUUGUUGAUAUGGGCGUCAUAGAAUUAUUUUUGAGUCGUCUUAUAGCGUGAAUAUAUUAUAAUUAUUAACUUCGUGCUGUAGCUUGCGAGGAUUAUUUUCAAUCGUGGCAAUCAAGUGCAGUUGUUCGUGGUUCGAUGGAAUAGUUUUUUGUUGUAGAUGCAGGUAUUUAGUUUCUAUAGUUCAUAGAAUAGUUAUUUCAAAUUCCUACAUGUUGACUUGAUGGAAGUCUGCAAUGAUUUAUAAAUGAAUCAUCUUGAUAGUCAUUGGCGUCAACACCAUCGUGCAAAUUCAUGAGCAUUUUGAGUGUGUGAGUUCCGUUAUUAUGUUGCCGAAAGUUAAGUUUAAAGAAGUUCGUGUGAGUUAGUAAAAUUGAGUGAAAACAUAAGAGGCAUGCAGCCGGCUGGACUGGCAGGCAUCUUUCUUCGUUUAUUUGUAAGAGAAAUAGGAAAUAAAAAUCAAUAUAUUGUAUUUACGUCUUGUAAAAAAUAAUCUGUUUUAACUUAUAAAAGUUCUUUAUGGAAGGCACUUGCUUUAAAUGAACUUGUUCUGGUAUUUUGAUGGCUUUAAGUUAAUUGUGAAGCACCUGGAUGACUCAGCAGAUUUCGACUUUUGCAUACAAUGAAGACAAAAAUCUUUCAAUUGGCAGGAAGGUGUGCGGGUAAAAUAUAUAGACGAUGAUUUGAGGCUCCAAUAUGGGCAUUGAUGCAUAUAAAAUUUGAAAUGGGUUGAAACUUUUAAAAGAUUCUCGAUUAUUAUUCGGUGUCAAAAUUUUUAAAUAAUAAUGUGCAACGUCUAGGUUUUCGAUGCUGUGACGGAGGAAUGCGGACUUCCAUUAAAAAUUGACAAAAUUAUGUAGAUUAUUAUGGUCGCUGCAAAUGCUUUAUUCUUAAUUCUAACUUUAGUAAUAAAAUGACCUAAUUGUUGCGCUAAACAGAAAUCUGUUAUGAGCAAAAACUAAUUCUAUCGAAACUCACACGCUACCUAAGUAAUGGUGAUUUGUUGCGUUCCUCCUUGCACCCUCGUUUAAGAAGACGCAUGUUGUAUAAACCAAAUUAUUUGAAAUUAAUUCAUUUCUAACAGGGAUAACGGAAGAUAGCUUAUGAAAAGGAGAAAAAUCUGGCAUACCAUCUAAAAUAAUGGAAUGUCUUCUUGGAAACAAAAUUUGCUCAAUUCAAUUCGCUGUUAAAUACUUUCGUAUCAAUCUUACAGCAAAUUGUAUUAACACAAAAAUAACCGAUGAAAAAUACCUGAAUUCAUUGUUACCUUACGUAUCAGGUUAUGAUCAAAACUGUUAUUGUUCUUACUAUCACAGCUAUUGUUCAUGUACAAAAUGUGAAGUAAACCGUUUUACACAUGUU